ACUCUUCUAAACCAAAAAAAAAAAAAAAAACACAAACUCUGAACUGUUGAUGGCCGCCGGCAGAGAGGAAGAAACGCCACGCCGCUGCGAGGGGCUUCGGUGGCUACGCCGCUGCGAUGUGGCUUUGCGAUUGGACACGUGGCGAAUCCUCCACAUCCCGGAGAAUCCACCCAUCUCUCCCCAUCAACAACCGACCGUGAAUGUAUAUGCUUCACCCAUUGAGCCAAAGCUCACCAACACCAUUGUAAGGCGUUUAAAUCAAGCACUGCCCCUGGAAAACCUGCGGCAUGUUAAACGAGUACAGAAGAAGUCACUUGAAGGAGGAAAAACUCAGUUGUCAGUGAUCUUAUGUCUAGCUGGUGAAAAUGACAGCCAAUUGAACAGCAUCCCACAGGAUGUACAGGAGCUUAUCAAUUCCUACCAGUUGAGUCCUUUUAUCACAAAAGUGUGUAAAUAUGCUGCAUCAUCAAAAGAAGAAUGGGAAGAGCAAUGCAAGCUGUGGCCAACAUCAUAUCAUCCACCAACUUACAAUAUUGAUGGUAUUACUGGAUUCAGUGAAGAGGACUCACAAUCAGUUUUCAGCUUCAUGAAAUUUACUGUUGAGUUGGCAAAAUCUGGUGAUGGUUCGAUAGUAAAUGCUGCUGUCAUAGUAGAUCCUUUGGUUAAGCAGGUGAUUGUAAGUGCAUGUGAUCAGGUCUGCACUUGCAGUUUUGCUACGGAGAAUAGCAUUGAAAGCUGCUCGAAGAAGCAUGAAGCAUUGGGCUUCCAUCCUGAUUCCAAUGGAGUAGCAGGCAACAUGACUUUGCCUUCAAAUGUUUCAGUUAAUGAAAACAAACAGUCAUAUACUAGUGUUUCUUGUUUGAACCCUUGGCAGUGGGCUCAUCAGAAAUCACAUUCAACUUCUUGUAAUUGGCAUCCUCUACGACAUGCUGCCAUGGUCGCUAUUGAAUCCUCUGCUCUACGAGACAGAAGCCUCUACCCGAGUGUGGGACAUGGAGGAGAUAAUUCUAUUCCAUUGGAUAGUACACAGUCUUCUUCCACAGGUACUCCAGCCAAAAGACACAAGACUGACCUUCCAAAUAUUGAGAAUGGUGAGGAAUCCGAAGCUAACACUGAAGUUUCUUAUUCCACAUCAGCAAGACCUUAUUUAUGUACUGGAUAUGACAUCUAUCUUGUUUGGGAGCCUUGUGUAAUGUGUGCGAUGGCACUUGUCCAUCAAAGAAUUAGACGUAUAUUUUACGCUUUCCCGAAUCCCAAUGCCGGUGCAUUGGGCAGUGUUCAUAGACUACAAGGGGAGAAAAGCUUGAAUCAUCACUAUGCUGUUUUCAGGGUUUUCCUGCCUGAAGAGAUACUCGAAAUAGAUUAACCUCUAGCUGUAAGAAACGUGGCGAAUUACAAAAGGCCAACUGUUGUCUGGCAACAAGAUACGUGAGAAUCUGAAUAUGGCCGAAGAUAACUAUGAUGAUCCCGGAGAAAACCUUUAUGCAUAGUGUAAUCUACUGGACCAGACUGCCUAUUUUACCCUGGGGGGCAGUUCUGGAACCUGAAUUUGAUUCUUGUAGAACUUGCAUAAUUUAUAUCAUGGCAUUCUUUUUCUCCUUUUGAAAGCAUUAUUGGUUUGUUCUACAGAAAUUUUCAUUUUGUCAAAGAAUAUGGAUCCUCGUAUGAUCCCAUCUUGCCUGAGCUUUGGAAGAUGUUUUGACGUGUGGUGUAAUUCAUUUAUGGUCAAGAUUUUUUCUCAUGUUAUAUUCCUUUUCUUUAA